GGUCUUCGCCGUGUGCCGUAGUGACGUCCCGUCCAAAACAAGAAGCAGUUUGUUCGUGAUUACUGCCGGAUGGUUCAAACUAAGUGAAAUUUCGCGUAAUAGCUCAAUUUUAUCACAAUGUCUCAGGAUCCCUGGUUACAGAAUUAUGAUGCCACUUGUCGGCUGGCGCAGGAAAUAGCAGAAAACAUCCAUGAACGGAACAGGCAGCAGAGAACCGGGGGGAACCCUGCAAAGAUAAACAUGACACUACGGGCGUCACUUCAGAAGCUAAAACAGAAUAUUGCCCAGCUCAAAGAGAGUUUGUUGCGAGCUUCCUCAUCUCGGCGCAUAAUGCAAUCAGAAUGUGACAGGAGACAGAACCUCAUUGAUGACCUGCUAACCAGAGAGAAGCAGCUCAAUGCCACUUUCAAAGGAGACAUCACAGAGCCUGAGCCCUCAAGGUCCACACUGAUGGCCGGAGGGUCAGGAGCCAGCGGAGGCAUUUCAGCCAACCCUUGGCUGAUCAACGAAUCAGAGGAGACCAAAGGGCUGACCUUUGGAGAGAUCAAACAGCAGCAGCAACGAGUCAUUGAGGCCCAGGAUGCAGGCUUGGAUGCACUAGCGGCUGUCAUCAGUCGACAGAAGAUAAUGGGCCAGGAGAUCGGCAAUGAGCUGGACGAACAGAACGAAAUCAUUGACGACCUUGCACAUCUCGUGGACAAUACAGAUGACAGGAUUCGAAAUGAGACACGAAGGGUGAAACUGGUGGAGACAAAGUCAGCCUCUUGUGGGAUGCUGGUGGUGAUCGUGCUGCUCCUUAUAGCCAUCAUAGUGGUCGCCGUGUGGCCCGUGUAGCUGAUGAAGACAGCAUUCAUCGUGGACGUGUUGGACGGCUACAAUGACAGUUUGGUGCAAAUUCCCAGGUUAAAACCUUUGCAUCCACAGAACACAUGUACAGAUACUCAUUUAAACUCUGUCCCUCAGCAGAUUUCCCAUUCUUGCUCUUCACAUUCAAACAAAGGUGACUGGUGACUGCACAGCCAACUCAAUGUGACAUGAAGAGCAGUAACUUAUUUAGCAGUAAAUCAGUGGUAGGGGUUAAGGCAUUGGCAACCUCGUGCAAGCCUUUUUAUGUUUCUUAAAUAUUGCUAGGGUGUAAAUUGUCCUCUUUAGUAGUCGUUGAACCGUUCAACUCAUUAAAUCAACAAAUUCUGAAACUGUUAAAUUAUUCGGGCGUUUGCAAGCAUUCUGAAAAUUAUUUUUAGCUUGGACUUUGGGGAAUGUUGACCCAACAGUAGGACCUCCCGUGGGCAGCAGGAGCUUUCCUUUCAUAAGUCUGUCUGUGGUUGGGCUGAGGUUUACACUCUGGGUACAGUAAUUCCACUAGCUUUGCAAUAUUCACACUCACUUAUAUUUACCCAUGCAUUACUGUAGCAGCUGUAAUGUUAUCAUUUUGUUUGGAUUUUACUAUGUUUAUAGAACAGCUCAUAGCCAAAACAAGCAGCUCGGCUGUGUUACUAACAUGGCUCUUUUCCUUCCUUGUAAAUCAAUUCAGCUUGUAAUUUCUAAUAAAUGACAUUUCCAGUUAAUAGUC